AUGUCCGAUCUCCGGCCACUCGACUUUACCUCCUACAAUAAUCAAGAUCAGAGCCCCCUCUUCUCCGUUUUGCCGCCCGAGAUCCGACACGAGAUCCGAAACGAGAUCUACGUCUACGCUCUGUCCGAAUAUGAAAUUCUCGAACGAUCAUACAAUAAAAACACCGACUGGUGGCGACUGGGCAACACGGCUGCACUGCGAACCGCUAGAGCUCCUAAGAACAUGUCGACGACUCUACAACAAAGCAUGACAUACGGGAAUCACCAACCCAGUGGGAGAUCUGGGUUGGGUGGAAUUCGUGUGUUUGCCCAGCUUUGGAUGCUGGAGCCCGGACACUUCUGGUUCUGGGAACGCAAUGCGCGUCUGCAUGUUGAUGCCGCUUGGGUGAAUGGAAUCCGGCUUCUGGACAGUGUUACAUCUUUCACGUUAGACUUCGAGAUGAUUGACAGACGCAAGGACGAGGUGAAUUUGAUUGCCAAUGAUGCUAUUCUCACAGCCUGUAAAGAGGAUAUUUCAGUAUCCACGUGGACAGGAAGCUCACUCCUGGGUGGUCAACGCUGGGUAAGAGAUGAUAUCCGAUCAGGUCAGCUUGAUUAUCAUGUUGUGACUGUGACAUGGAAGAUGAGACAGAGGGGCGAUUGCCCUCCUCGCCCGUGUCCGAACCUCGCCGUGCCUCGCGACUUUGUCAAAGUUUCUCCGCCAUUUACACAGACUGACUCGAUUAAUUUGCGCAAUUUUCAGGUUGCCAACGUAUCUUUGGAUACUCUAGCCGCAGAGGCCUGGCGGGCAAUGCAGCAAUAUUACAACAGCGCGCACCAGGGGGGUCCGGAUUAA